CCAUCCGCCUCAACGACCCGCAAUACCCCACGACUUGUACCUGCGGUAUCAACUAGACAUACAUACACCAGCCCUGCCUCCAGCUCACCCUCCGCAACGCCGCCAACAUGAAUCCUGAAUACGACUACCUCUUCAAGCUUCUCCUCAUCGGUGACUCUGGUGUCGGAAAGUCCUGCUUGCUUCUCCGUUUUGCCGACGACACAUACACAGAGAGCUACAUCUCGACAAUCGGUGUUGAUUUCAAAAUCCGAACUAUUGAACUCGAUGGCAAGACCGUAAAGCUACAGAUUUGGGAUACGGCCGGCCAGGAGCGUUUCCGAACCAUCACAUCCUCGUACUACCGCGGUGCCCACGGUAUCUGCGUCGUCUACGAUGUCACCGAUAUGGACUCCUUCAACAACGUGAAGCAGUGGCUACAGGAAAUCGACCGAUACGCUACCGAGGGCGUCAACAAGCUGUUGGUUGGCAACAAGUCCGAUAUGGCGGACAAGAAAGUCGUUGAGUACACUGUCGCAAAGGAAUUCGCAGACAGCCUCGGCAUCCCUUUCCUCGAGACAUCCGCAAAGAGCGCCACCAACGUCGAGCAAGCCUUCCUGACCAUGGCCCGCCAGAUCAAGGAGCGCAUGGGAACCACAACCGCCAACACCAAACCCACAGUUCCCAUCGGGCAGGGCCAGGGUGUGCAAAACGGAUCCGGCGGUGGCUGCUGCUAGAAGAGCAUUUGAAGGUCAUUCGGUGUGCUGUUGGGAGAUGAGGUGUCCAAGAUCAGCGAUAUACAAGUUUCUCGGCGUGUGUGUCUAUCUUCCGGUCCCGGUGCGAUUGCGAGUUUUGGUACGGUAAAUUAAUGCUCAUGGUUAUGGCUCUCCUUCCGAUGACCUGCAUCAACUUUACUCCCCCACAUCUUCGUGUCUCCCCGUUUGCGCCUGGUAUCUACUUGCAUGGCGACGCGACUCGCUUAGAAGGAGCCCUCGUUUGGAUUUCCCGGGUCUGCAUUACAAUUUGUGGUGGCCGUUGGGUCAAUUUUCUUGUGUUCUAGGUGUUCUUAAUCGGGGCAAUCAAUACUUUAUC